AUGCUCGUCAAGUUCACCAUCAACGGGAAACCGUACCAGGUUUCGCCGGAACAGAUGCCGAUCGACACGUCGUUAAAUACCUUCAUUCGCAGCAGGGCGCACCUGACGGGAACGAAAUUCCUGUGCCUCGAGGGUGGCUGUGGUGUGUGCAUCGUGACCGUUAUCGAUACCCAUCCGGUUACCAAGCAACGGAUCGUGUUUUCGGUUAACUCUUGUCUAUUCUCGGUGUUCUCCUGCCACGGUGCGGACAUUCUCACGGUGGAAGGAAUCGGUUCAAGGUCGACCGGAUACCACCCAAUCCAGGAACGGUUGGCCCAGUUCAACGGAACGCAGUGUGGCUUCUGCUCGCCCGGUAUGGUGAUGACCAUGCACAGCCUACUGACGGCAAAGAAUGGUGUCGUAACGAUGGCCGAGGUGGAACACGCCCUCGCUGGAAACAUCUGCCGCUGCACGGGAUAUCGGCCGAUACUGGACGCUUUCAAAUCGUUCGCCAUCGAUGCCCCUCCGAAGGAUUCGCUGGCUCGUUCGCUUGGACUUUGCAAACUGGCGGACAUUGAGGAUUUCCCUCGGGCGCUGGGUUGUGGUAGCUGUAAAGAAGCUUGCACUGAAGGAUGCUCGUCGAAAAGGCUCCCUGCAGAACAGUCGGUCGAGUUGGUGUUUCCCUCCAACCGGCGGUGGUAUCGAGCUCGGACGGUAGAUGAAAUUUUCGAGCUGCUCGAACCGGUCAAAGAACCCUACAUACUGGUUGCCGGGAACACCGGACAUGGCGUGUACCGGAGGGACCCAGCGUUGGCCGUUUUCAUCGACGUGCGUCACGUGGAAGAGCUGCACAACUAUUGGAUCGGCAGUACGGUGAUCGUGGGCGCCAACGUGACGCUGACGGAGUUUGGUGAAAUUCUGCGCGAGGCGGCUAAAACCGAUCGACGGUUUUCCUACUGCACCGAAAUGGUACGGCACUUGGAGGAGGUAGCGCAUCCGGCGGUGCGUAACGUUGGCACGAUUGCUGGAAACCUAAGUCUAAAGCAUGCACACCAUGAGUUCCCCUCCGAUCUGUAUGUCCUCUUCGAGGCGAUCGGUGUUGAGAUAACGAUCGCUGGACCGGAUGGAGCCAUCUCAACGCUGUUCCCCAAACAGUUUCUCACCUUCAACAUGCAUAAGCGCCUUCUGCUCAACAUUACGCUGCCACCGUUGGAUCCGGAGCUGUACCUCUUUCGUUCGUACAAAGUGAUGCCAAGGGCGCAGAACUCGAAAGCCUACGUCAAUGCGGCCUUCCUCAUACGCCUUUGCGCACGCAAACUCAACGUGGACCUCGCACACCUCUGCUACGGUGGCAUCGAUGCGAGUUUCUGCCAUGCCACAACCACGGAGCAGUACGUUAAGGGAAAGAGCCUGUUCAAUAACAUCGUGCUGCAGGAAACGCUGGCCACACUCAACGCCGAACUGGUGGCAGCAACAUCGACCGAUAGCGAACAGGAACUGGAACAGGAAAUCUUUCCGAGCGCGGCCUACCGUCGCCAGGUUGCCAUCGGACUUCUGUACCGCUUCGUUCUCCACGUUGCACCACGCGAUCGACGGAUCGCAAGCCCGCUCGUACGCUCCGGUGGUUCCGUUAUACACCGGCCGGUGUCCAGCGGCAUGCAAUCGUAUGACACCUACCCCUCGAAUUGGCCCCUUACACAAGCCAUUCCAAAACUGGAGGCCUUCAUCCAGACGGCUGGAGAGGCGAUCUAUGUUAACGAUCUACCAAGCCGUCCGGAUGAGCUUCACGCGGCGUUCGUUCUGGGCACGGUGGUCCGCCAGUCGAUUCUCACGAUCGAUGCCAGCCGAGCGCUAGCCCUUCCGGGGGUGGUGGCGUUCUACUCCGCCGGUGACAUCCCCGGGGAGAACAAUUUCGCCGUUCUGAAGACUAACGUAAACACCCGCUAUCCAUUCAACGACACCGUGGAGGAGAUUUUUUGCAGUGGGCGUGUACUUUACCACGGGCAACCCGUUGGGGUGAUCGUUGCGCAGACGUUCGAGCUGGCGAACGAGGCGGCUAAGCAGGUGACGAUCACCUACGGUCCCGUGGAGGACGAUGGGUUGCCCAUUCUACCCACCGUGGAAGAUGUCUUUGCCAGUGGCGCCACGGAACGAGUUUCGGUCGAGCAGUCCGAUGUCGUUGGUCGAACCUACCAGCGGAACUCCAGGAAGAUUAACGACACCGUGAGGAUCGAGGGACGGUUUAUUUCCGGUGGUCAGGCGCACUAUACCCUCGAGCCACAGUCGUGUCUGUGCGUGCCGACCGAUGAUCCCGACGGUAUGGAUGUGUACAGUGCAACUCACUCGAGCCACAUGGUCCAGAUGGCGAUCGCAAAGUCGCUCCGGCUUCCCCAGAGUAGGAUCAAUGUGACCGUACGUCCCGUCGGUGGAUCGUACGGGUGGAAAUUUUCACGUGGUGCAUGGAUAGCCGCAGCGUGUGCUGUAGCUGCGUACAGAUCCAAACGUCCGGUUCGAUUGAUUGUUCUCUUUGAGAGGGGAAUGCAGGCCAUUGGGAAGCGAAGUGGCGCUCGCUGCGACUACGAAAUCAAUGUGACUGGCGAGGGAAAUAUUGUGCGCCUCUCGAACACCUACUACCAGGACUUUGGUUCGUCCAAUCUCGAGCCCAUUGUGGCGUUUUUCAGUGGAGCGUUUCGGAACUGUUACAUCGACGACAGCUGGCGACAGAGACUGCGUGGUGUCGUUACCGAUUCACCCGGUUCCACCUGGAUGCGGUCACCGGGGAUUGCCGAGGCGAUCGCGGCGAUCGAGACAAUCAUGGAGCACAUAGCGUACACAACCGGGCUCGAUCCGCUGGCCGUGCGCUUGGCUAACAUUGAUCCGACGACAAAAAUGGCCACCCUCCUUCCGGCGUUUCACGAGGAGGUGGAGUUUGCAGCGCGCCGUGCUGCGGUAGAUCGGUUCAACGAGACAAACCGGUGGAAAAAGCGGGGCAUUGCCAUCGUGCCGAUAGCGCACCCGAUUCAGUUCUACGGUGGCAUGAACGCCUGGGUAUCGAUCUACCACGUGGACGGGAGUGUGGCUGUCACGACCGGUUGCACAGAGUUGGGCCAGGGAGCCAACACGAAGGUGGCCCAGGUGGUGGCACACGUGCUCGGCAUCCCUGUGUCGAAGAUUUCGAUCAAACCGCACACGACUGUUAGUUCACCGAAUGCGUUGCUCACUGCAAGUAGCAUCAGCACUGACCUGGUGGCGUACGCCGCCAAGCGGGCCUGCGAGAUACUGCGUGAGCGGAUGCGCCCGGUGCGUGAGGACAACCGGGUAGCACCCUGGGAGGCAAUCGUGCAGACGUGCUACCAGCGGCGCAUCGAUCUGACAGCUUCCUACAACACCAAACAGACUGACGUGACAAACUACACCGUGUGGGCGUUGUGUGCGGUCGAGCUCGAGGUUGACCUGCUCACCGGACAGGUUCAACUGCAGCGGGUGGACAUCCUGGAAGACACGGGGGAAAGCAUGAACCCACUACUCGACAUCGGCCAGAUCGAGGGAGCAUUUGUGAUGGCUCUUGGACUGCAUCUGCUCGAGGAACUGAAGUACGAUCGGAGCACGGGUGCUCUUAGGAACUACCGCACCUGGGACUACAAACCACCGACCGCCCGGGACAUACCGGUUGACUUGCGCGUGCGUCUCCUUCAGAAAAGUUCCAAUCCGGCCGGCGUACUCCGAUCGAAGGCGACGGGUGAACCGGCGUACAAUUUAGGUAUUACGGUACAGUGUGCCCUCCGGUACGCGUUGAGCGCAGCCAGACGUGAUGCUGGCCUGCCAAGGGAGUGGAUUGAGUUGGGGACGUCUUCAACGGUGGAGAAGGUACUCUCGCUAACCGGCAACACCAUCGAUCAGUUCGUACUUCAUUAAGCUGAGUUCUUUUUCUUGGUUAAUAGCUUCAUUUAUAAACUUCUGUUAAUAUUUCUUGCUAGAAAUAAACGUUCACGCUAUAUGA